CCAUUUUCGUUGGUAGGAAAUAAAAAUCCCGAUUUUCAGUUUCUUCGCAGACAGCAGCUGGAUUAUGUGGCCAAAUGAUAAUUUGCGCGCUAAUCCAAUCUGAGUUCAUGAAUUUCAAAAACAUUUCAUUUUUUUCAUCUUCCUUUGCAUUUCAUUUCAUUUUCAGUUCAAUCAUUCAGCUUUCUCCAAAGAGGUGAAGCCAAUUUUUAGGGGACUUGUUGUGAACGAACCCAUGUACAGUUUGUGCACGACUUUUUCGACCUCAUGGAUCUGACGUUAUGGAGAUUUUUGAGUCCAAGAUUGACGAGCUAGUAUCGCUUCGCGAUGGAUACUUCGAAAAGUACCCAGAUGGAACAGAGGUGGAAAGAGUGAAGAUUGUCAGGGAGAAGGCUCUGCUUUUACUUGAGGAUGUACCACUAUCGGAGUUUCCUCGCUCUGCCGAACGCUAUCUUCAGUGUGGGCGGAUUCUGAACGCUUGUGUAGCGUACGACCCGCGUUGCGAAGAGUUUCUUAGCAAAGCAGUGAAACUUGAUCCAGAUGCUCUGGCUUGGUUAGAACUUGGAAUCUGCCUUUCUAAGAAACCUGACAUACAGUUUGCGAUAGAAUGUGUUGAGUGCAGUUUGGAACUGGAGCGUACAUCACGCGCCUUGUACACACUUUCAAUGCUUUUGCGAGCCAAGCUCAUGAAUACUUCUGAUCCUGCUGAGAGAGUUGAGCUAAGGAAGAAAUCGUCACAGUUGGCACAUGAGGCAGUUGGGUUAGAUCCAGAUUCUGGCGCGGCUCAUUCUUGUCUCGGUAACUCAUUGUUUCUCGAGUUUUUCAACACUGGCCAGAUGGACUCCAAUCUGUUGAGUCAAGCAUGCGACGAGUAUCGUUUAGCUCUUCGGUGCGGGAAAGAAUAUCGCAACGCAGACCUGCAUCUAAAUGCUGGGGCUGCCUUUCGUUACGAGGAGAAUUAUCCUGAAGCCUUGGAGCAUCUCCAGCUGGCAGUGAAGUAUGAUCCAAGUGAUGUUAUUGGCUCACAUAGCCGAUUAGCAUCACUCAACCAUUUCCUUUCCAGUAUCGCAGCUGGCGUUCAGAAUACAGGUGGCUUACGAGCAAAACGGAUUGCGGAAUAUAAAGCAAGUCUUCCUGCCAAUCUUUCUUCAGUAAACCCUUUUACUGCCAGUCGGGUUGUUACAACUUUCAAUGAGCUGAGUGCUGGAGCUAAUCCUGGUGUAGCUGUCGUAGCAAGAGUUGUAUCUACGAUUGCACAUGACGAAGGAGUUCCUGUCGCCUCGAUUAUCAUGGACGUAGAAGGCGAUUGCGUGGCGCUUUGUGUAUACAAUUGUGCCCAGACGUUCUCUUUUUUCGUUGGUGAUACAGUCGCAGUAGCCGAUCCUCAUGUUAUAGAAGUGAAGGAUUUGGAGUUGCCGAAUUCUUCAAAGAUCUCGUUCCGUUCGAUCCGAGUGCCAAAUCCUUCGAAGGUGUCACGAAAUGGAAACCUUCCAAAACCGACACAAAUGGCUCCAUCACAUCUGAAGAUCUCUGCUUUAUAA